AGCUCCUUGUGUUAGGGAAGGAUCACCAGUGCCCUGUGAGAAUCAGUAAAGGAAUGGCUUCCAAGAGUAAGCUGCCCAUCACUGACUGACUGUGAUUCUGCCUCUGGACAGCCUUGAGGAUGAAGGCCGCUGGGGUCCUGGUCCUGAUUAGCUGCCUGGUCACUGUCACAGAGCCCAAAGUCUACACUCGCUGUAAACUGGCAAAGAUAUUCGCGAGGGCUGGCCUGGAUAAUUACAAGGGCUUCCUCCUCGGCAACUGGAUCUGCAUGGCCUACUACGAGAGCCACUACAACACCUCGGCUCUGACCACCCUGAAGGACGGAAGCACCGACUACGGCAUUUUCCAGAUAAACAGCUUCACCUGGUGCAGAGACAAGAAGCUCCAAGAGAAGAACCACUGCCACAUCGCCUGCUCAGAUUUGCUCACGGACGACCUCACAGAUGCAAUUAUCUGUGCCAAGAGAAUUGUUAAAGAGACAAAAGGGAUGAACUAUUGGCAAGGCUGGAAGAAUAACUGUGAGGGCCAAGACCUAUCUGAGUGGAAAAGAGGAUGUGAGGUUUCACGAGUGGAAACCAGACCCCAGAUGCCUCGUGCUGACUCCCACGAUGUGUAACGGGCGUGCAGUGCUCCUGUUGUCUUGUCCCCUUCCUUCCAGGGUUCCUUCUUACAGUUGGGGAGGGAAAACUGAGGUGUAUUUUAAGAAAAUAAACAUUUCCACUUAAACACCUUGA